CGCCGUCAGUUUACUUCCCAAAACCCUCACUAUAAAACCCUAAAUUCCUCUUAGGGUUUUCAUUUCUCUCUCUAUUCCCGCCUCCUUUGUUCUGUGAAAGAGAGAAAACUAUGUCGCAAUCUUUGGAAUUGUUGUUAAUUCAAUUCUUGAUGCCGGAUAAUGAUGCCCGCCGGCAAGCCGAGGAUCAAAUAAAGAGGUUGGCGAAGGAUCCACAGGUCGUUCCGGCCCUGGUUCAACAUCUCCGCACUGCAAAGACGCCAAACGUGCGGCAGCUUGCGGCGGUGCUUCUUCGGAAGAAGAUCACUGGACAUUGGGCUAAGCUCAAUCCGCAGCUUCGUCAAUUGGUUAAGGAAUCGCUCAUUCAGAGCAUCACAAUAGAACCCAGUCCACCUGUGCGGCGAGCUAGUGCAAAUGUAGUCAGCAUCAUUGCUAAGUAUGCAGUCCCAGCUGGAGAAUGGCCAGAUCUAUUACCAUUUCUGUUUCAAUGCAGCCAAAGUGCACAAGAAGACCACAGAGAAGUGGCUUUGAUACUCUUCAGUUCUCUAACUGAGACAAUUGGGAAUUCAUUUCGACCACAUUUUGGAGACUUGCAGGCUCUUUUGCUCAAAUGCCUUCAGGAUGAGACCAGCAAUCGUGUCAGAGUUGCAGCUCUCAAGGCUGUCGGAUCUUUCAUUGAAUUCACUCACGAUGAGAAUGAAGUGAUCAAGUUCCGAGAGUUUAUUCCUAGCAUUUUGAAUGUAUCAAGACAGUGUCUUGCUGCCGGUGAGGAAGAUGUGGCAGUAAUAGCUUUUGAAAUAUUUGAUGAACUUAUUGAAUCUCCAGCACCACUUCUGGGUGAAUCAGUGAAAACCAUUGUUCAAUUCUCCCUUGAAGUAUCUUCAAGUCAAAAUUUGGAGACCAGCACUCGCCAUCAGGCUAUUCAAAUUGUUUCAUGGCUUGCUAAGUACAAAUAUAAUUCCCUAAAAAAACACAAGCUUGUCAUCCCGAUCCUGCAAGUUAUGUGUCCAUUACUUGCUGAAUCCAAGGAUGAUGAUGAUGAUCUAGCACCAGAUCGAGCUGCUGCUGAAGUUAUUGAUACCAUUGCUCUCAAUAUUCCUAAGCAUGUGUUUCUACCUGUUCUAGAAUUUGCCUCUCUGAGCAGUCAGAAUGCAAAUCCAAAAUUUCGUGAAGCUGCAGUUACAGCUUUAGGUGUCAUUUCAGAGGGAUGUUCAGAGCCAAUGAAGCAGAAGCUGGAACCUGUUCUACAUAUUGUCCUGGGGGCUCUAAGAGAUACCGAACAGCUGGUGAGAGGAGCUGCAUCAUUUGCAUUGGGUCAAUUUGCUGAGCAUUUGCAGCCUGAAAUUAUAUCUCACUAUGAGAGUGUUCUUCCUUGUAUUCUGCAUGCCUUAGAUGAUUCAUCAGAUGAAGUAAAGGAAAAGUCAUAUUAUGCACUGGCUGCCUUUUGUGAGGACAUGGGCGAAGAGAUCCUCCCCUUUAUUGAUCCUUUGAUGGGGAAGUUACUUGGAGCACUGCAAAGUAAUCCGCGUAAUUUGCAAGAGACAUGCAUGUCUGCAAUUGGUUCAGUUGCUUCUGCAGCGGAGCAGGCAUUUAUCCCUUACGCCGAACGAGUAUUGGAGUUGAUGAAAAUGUUCAUGGUGCUCACAAAUGAUGAAGACCUUCGUUCAAGAGCAAGAGCAACUGAGCUGCUUGGCAUAGUUGCAAUGUGCGUAGGAAGAGCGCGAAUGGAACCAAUUUUACCCCCUUUCAUUGAAGCUGCAAUUUCUGGAUUUGGCUUGGACUUUAGUGAGCUUAGAGAGUACACACAUGGCUUCUUUAGCAAUAUGGCUGAGAUUAUGGGAGAUGGUUUUGUGCAGUAUCUUCCACAUGUUGUGCCCCUGGCAUUUUCUUCCUGCAACCUUGAUGAUGGAUCUGCCGUGGAUAUUGAUGAUUCUGAUGAUGAUGGGAAUACUGGCGGAUUUAGUGGAGUUUCAUCAGAUGAUGAAGCUCAUGAUGAACCAAGAGUUAGAAAUAUUAGUAUUAGAACUGGAGUGUUGGAUGAGAAAGCUGCAGCAACUCAGGCUCUGGGCUUCUUUGCUUUGCACACGAAGGGUUCCUUUGCACCCUACUUGGAGGAGUCGCUGAGGAUUUUGGUGAAACACUCGAGCUACUUUCAUGAGGAUGUUAGGCUUCAGGCAAUUACUGGAUUAAAACAUAUGCUGACAGCUGCAAAAGCAGUCUUCCAAAAUCAGAAUGAUGGGCCGACAAAAGCGAGGGAAAUUCUUGAUACAGUGAUGGGUAUCUAUAUUAAGACAAUGACUGAGGAUGAUGACAAAGAAGUUGUUGCUCAAGCUUGUAUGGGCAUUGCUGACAUCAUGCAAGAUAUUGGAUUUGUUGCCAUUGAGCCAUAUGUUCCUCAGCUUGUCGAGAGUACCCUGGUAUUACUGAGGGAAGAAUCAGCUUGUCAGAUAACAGAGUCGGAUGAUGAAAUUGAAGACGAUGACACUGAACAUGACGAAGUACUUAUGGAUGCAGUUUCUGACAUCCUUCCUGCUUUUGCAAAGGCCAUGGGUCCUCAUUUUGCCCCCCUAUUCGAGAAGAUGUUUCAACCUUUAAUGAAGUUUGCGAAAGCAUCCAGGCCACCACAAGAUCGUACAAUGGUGGUUGCAUGUCUUGCCGAAAUUGCUCAGCAUAUGGGCUCUCCAAUUGCAGCAUAUAUUGAUGCUGUUACACCCUUGGCCCUUAAAGAACUGGCAUCAUCGGCUGCAACUAAUAGGAGGAAUGCUGCAUUCUGUGUUGGAGAACUUUGCAAAAACGGUGGUGAUUCUGUCUUGAAAUAUUAUAAUGAUAUACUGCGGUUACUCUUUCCACUGUUUGGACAAUCUGAAACGGAUGAUGCUGUAAGAGAUAAUGCAGCAGGUGCAGUGGCAAGAAUGAUUAUGGUGCAUCCCGAGUCUGUUCCAUUGAAUCAGGUUCUUCCUGUUUUCUUGAAUGUUCUUCCAUUAAAAGAAGACAAGGAGGAGUCUGUUGCCGUGUAUAGUUGUGUAUUGAAUCUUGUGCUGUCAUCAGCCCAACAGAUCCUCCCCUUGGUUCCGGAUUUGGUCAAUAUUUUUGCUCAAGUUGCACUAUCACCUGAUGAAACUGCGGAAGUGAAGGGCCUUAUAAGCAGGGCUUUAUCCCAUCUUAUAUCUAUUUACGGCCAACAAAUGCAGCCCAUUUUAAGCAAUCUCCCUCCUGCACAUGCUAACGCCUUGGCUUCAAUCGCUCCAAACAGUUGACCUAGUUCUAUAGUCUUUUCUCGAGAAUGAAUAUCUUUGUUUUUUAUGGACCAUUAUAAUCUCUGGCUGAGAAUUAAAACCAGGUUCAAUUUUAUCGUAUUGGUGGUGGCGGCGGUUACAGUCUCCAUUUUUCCUCAUCGGAGAUGUCGCGUUCUUUUGUGGGUGUGUUGGAAUUUGAAGCAUUUUUAUAUUCUUUAAUAUUUUUAAUCAGUAUUAGUAGUGUUUUUUGGCUGCUCUGGUGUUUGAUUCUUUAUUUCUUACUAUUUAUUUGAGUUUGUUUUUGCCGGCUUUUGGGUGCAUUAUUUAAGAAUAUAUAUGUGUAUAGCAUUUCUACACUUCUACAAAACUUAAAGUUGAUAAAUUAUUAUUGUGAGCA